GUCGCCGUCGCCAUGCCGCCUCGCAGGGUCUUGCGCAGGCCGCACAAGAAGUCUAGGCUUGGAUGUCAGGAGUGUAAACGUCGGCAUGUCAAGGUAAGCAGCCUUGCAGCUCGACCAUCCUCUGUCCGAGUUUCCCGUCCGUACUUGUCCACCGCUGUCGACCCAACUGUCACGACACCCGUGACCGUCGCACCUUCGCCAGUCUCCUCAGGGCCGUUGUCUGAUGUGUUGGCGCCGUCAUUAUCCACCCCCUCCGUUUUUUGCCCAGAAUCCACCCCAACACCAUCAGUACAAUCCGGCGGCUUGUACUCGCCUCUCAACAUGCACCAUAUGGAGCUGUUUAGCCAGUUCAUUCUCGACACCGGUCCGAGCGUUUACGAGGGAGGGAGUAUUGAUCAUGAGAGUUUCCGUGCUAUUAUGCCUGCUGCGCUCUCUGCCCCAUAUGCCAUGUAUCAAAUGCUUGCACUUUCUGCUCUACAUCUGAGCCAUAUAAGGGCUGCCCAAGCGAGUCAUUAUCGCGAGGAAGCCACGUUCCUCCAAACAAAAGCAUUAAGUCUGUUCAAUGACUCCUUGGCCGAGAUUACGACUGAAAGUUGUGCACCUAUGCUGAUUUUCUCGAGCCUUCUCAGCCUUCAUACCCUCGGGGAAGCAGUCAUAGCCUCUCAAACGGAUGCAGGUAGUUUUUUGAACAGAUUCGUUACGUAUCUAAAUCUUCAUCGGGGCGUGCGUGCCGUCACUAGCGAAUCAUGGCAGCUGCUGUUACACUCCAACAUUUCGUCUAUGCUUAAUCGUGCGGAACGUACGUUGCAUGCUGCUUCUUUGCAAACUCAAGAACAAGCUACCUUCGUCGCCGACCGAUUGCACAGCCUGCUUAACGACGCAGAUAUGGGCCCAGAAUCCCAGCACACUUGCCGUGAAGCUGUGGAGAGUCUACAGCUCCUUUAUCAGUCCGAGUCAUCGAUAGGAGAGACACCUCCCGAGAAGGCUCCUGGCUUGAUUUGGACUUGGCCUAGUUUGCUGUCAGGCGCUUUCACUAACCUUCUCAUGAAACGAAGGCCCGAGGCGCUCAUCAUUCUUUGCCACUACGCGGUUCUCCUCCAUCGAAGACGGCACAUAUGGCUUGUACGCAAUGCUGGUCAGAUGCUCAUUUCCGAGAUCACACGGUUCCUUGGCACGUAUUGGUUAGACUGGCUCGAUUGGCCGAACCAGGUGCUCCAGGAUCCUUCUCGAGGGCUUUGA